ACAUUGUUUUAGACCGUUGCAAAAGAUGCUUCAGAAUUACAGCAAAUUCCUUUCAAAUAAUACAACAAACGAUAACCAUAGGUUUUCAUUUGAAAAGCAAGAUUUAUUUGUUUUGGUUGUUGCAGUUUUUGUUUUAUUUGUCAUUUGUGCUCCUUUGAUAAUAUUCUUAUCGGCAAUGGUUAUUGGAAAGUAUCUUAUGACUUCUCAACAAAGAAAUAAGAAUGAUAAUAUAAACAAUUUAGACUGGAAAUUACUUCAAUACUCUCGAGAGACAGAUAUUUAACAAACUAUGAAGAUGAAAAGGAAUAGUUAGAUAUUAACAAUUUUCUUUCUUUUUUUGCCAAUUAAUAGCCUUGAAACGAAGAUUUUAAUUGAUUAUCUCACAAAAAAAUGAUGAAUGUAAGAUGCUUCUCUUUUCAUUCAAUAACUUAUGAGGUAGACACAUUUUCUUUUAGAAUAAAGGAUACAUUCUUAAAAUAUCUUAAUAGUUUAUUAAAAUACUUUAUAUCAAUAUAAAAUAAAAAGUUAAAAAAUAGCCAAACGACCUUAAAAGAUUCUACCACUUUCUUAAUAUACAAUUACAAGGCCUAUUUUAUGGAAAAGUCUCCUUAUGGAACAAGAUAUUUAUUAAUAACUAAUAGGGAGGAAACAUUUCUCAUUUAAUUAUUAUUACCGAACGGUACGAGGUAUUAAAUUGUGAAAUAACAUUUAAUCAAAGCGUAUGUAAAACGAUAUGACAUUGUCUUUUGUACGACUUUUAACUAUUCUAAAUUGUAUAUGUUUUAUUUUUGCUUAUAGGAGCUAAAAGCUAACCAACAGUGCAAUAUUUUUUCCUUCUUUUACUAUGAAAUCGAUCAAUGACACCAAACUAGUAGGCCUAUUAAAAUCUAGGCUAAAACAUAAUUAGUUAUUGUAAAAUACUUGCGCAAUACAUACAAUAUGUAUAUAGUGUGUUUGUUAGCAGUUGUUUCUGUACCUUUUAUUUUUACGUUGAGAAGAAAAACAUUAGAUUAUAGGUUAAAUAAAGUUAAUAUAAUUAUUUAUUAAACGAUAUUAUUUAUAUUAACACAGAAAUAGAUGUUGUAUAUUUCGUGUUUAUUAUUGUUUUUGUUGAAAAUAACAACUUAUUUAAAAAGAUAUCAAAGAUAUUUAAAAAAAAAAAAGACAAAGAGAGAAUCUUAAAAAUUUUAUACCUAGUUAUGAGACUUAUUAUCUACUAACGGCGGUAUCCAAACCUAAAAAUUGCUUCAUAACCUCAUAUGUUGAAAACGAUACUGCAACCAUUGGUGCUGCUUUCAUAUAGUUAACAGUUAAUCCCCUAUAUAGUCCAUUAACAACUCCGUAUUUUAUAUAAACGUAUUUUAAUGUACUUGAACAACUUCGGAAGAGAUACUGCUGUUCCGGUGGGUACAUUAUGGCCAAUUGCAUUUUUCUCCUAACAACGUCCAAAGGAUAUGACACCGUUUGAGCAAAAGCACCUGAAAUAGCUCCGCACAUUAGCUUUGCUGGAAUAGAUAAGACUUUACUAUUUUCCUUAUUUGGAUUAUCAGAUCCAAAUAUUUCAGGCGCAUUUGUUAAUAGUUGAACUUUUAGAGUUUCAAAACAAUAAAAUGACAAUCCAGCAUAUGGAACCAUACCAAAGAUAGUUGCCGUUAUCCCUCUAUAGAAUCCUCUUAUGCCAGAGUCUUCAGUAAUCAUACAGGAUAGAGCAUGAAUAAUUCCUUUAUAUAUUCUUGUAUCACUUCCUUGAAAAGCAAGUCUAGCUCGAAUAAUAUCAAGUGGAUAAGUGAACAACACAGCAGUUAAGCCUGCCAAAGCCCCAGGAACUAAUCUGGAUAUGUGACCUGGUCCAAAAGUGUUUAAAGCUAACGGUUUAUAAAAUUCAUAGCUUGUAAAUUGUAUUGCGGCAUAAGGAAAGAUUCUUAUCAUUUGUGCACUAUUGCCUUUAAAAAGUCCUUGGAAUCCUUCUCUCUUUUGAAUGGCUAUGAUUGCUGAAAGUACGCCUAAAUGUUUGUAGUGUUGAUGAUGAGCUUGUAAGAGUAUUUUAACUCUAUCAAAUGGUGCAACAGUUGUCUUUGCAACGCAUCCGGCUACUCCUAAAAAACGAAGGGAGAUUUAUUCCAUAUAUAAAUAUAGAUUAUUAUUAAUAUUUCAAGUUAAAAUGUCAUAUGUUUCAAUAUCAGCACAAAUUGCGUAAUUCGCCAAUAAAAUUUUAAGAUAACUUAUGAAAUUGGAUAGAAAAGAUAUACAAUUUGUUCAAAAUUUGUGAUCAUAAACAAAGAAUAAUAUUUAGCGAUAGUUAAAUCUUAUUAUACAAAAAGACUCUCACUUAUGAUAAAUAUUAGAUAAUAUUUGAUAGUUCAUUAAACUCUAGUUCUUUUAUUAGCAAUAAACAGGUGUAAAGUUUUAGACUAAAAUGGAAAUAGACUAUUAUUUUAUAACAUUUGAUAAAUGAUCAAAUAUUACUAAUAUCUUACCUCCAGCUAUAAAGGUCUUUACAUUCUCUCUGCUCGAUUUUUUCAUUUUUACAUCCAGUUUCUUCCAUUUCUGGAGUGAAGGUCAAUAUGUAAAAUGGAAACCGGUAUGAAAAGGAAUGUUUUACCAAACAUUUAUAAGAAAAUGUUAUUUUCUUUUUUAUCAACUUAAUAUAUGACGAUUGCCUUUACAUAUUUUAAUAUUUAGUUUAUUACUAUAUGAAAACUGACAUAUAUACGAAAGGAGCGUUAAAUUUAGUUUAAAUAUUAUUAAAAUAAAGUGAUUUAGAACAAAUUGCGAUGCUAUUUUGUAAGCCUAUAUUUUCAAACUUUUUUCUCAUUAAUUUUCUUGCUUUAUUUGUGGAGAGAAUCGAAAAUAAGCCAAAUAAUGUUGUUAUUAUUUUAGCGGAUGAUGGUGGCUUUGAAAUUGGUGCUUAUGGCAAUAAAAUUAUUAAAACACCCAAUUUGGAUAAUCUUGCAAAACGCAGUAAACUUUUUACAUCAGCAUUUACUUCUGUAUCUUCCUGUUCACCUUCAAGAGCAUCCUUGUUAACCGGCCUACCACAGCAUACUAACGGAAUGUAUGGUUUACAUCAAGGAGUUCACAAUUUUAAUUCUUUGAAUAGCAUAGAAUCAAUAUCCAAGGUUGUUAAACAACAUGGAAUCCGAACUGGUAUUAUAGGCAAGAAACACGUCGGUCCUGAACUUGUUUAUCCAUUUGAUUUUUCCGAAACUGAAGAAAAUAAUCCUAUAAAUCAAGUUGGAAGAAAUAUUACAAAUAUCAAACUACUUGUAAGGAAAUUCCUUAAAGAAUCGGCAAAUUCCAGUUUUUUUCUUCUAGUAUCCUUUCACGAUCCGCAUAGAUGCGGACAUAUAACACCGCAAUUUGGUCCUUUUUGCGAAAAAUGGGGUAUUGAUGGAAUUCCCGAUUGGAAUCCAAUAAAGUACGAUCCUAGAGACGUUAUCCUCCCUGAUUUUGUACCAAACACUCAAUCAGCCAGAGAGGAUGUUGCUGCCCAAUAUCAAACAAUUUCCAGGCUAGAUCAGGGGGUUGGACUGGUUAUGAAAGAGCUAGAGCAUUAUCUUGAAGAUACUCUUGUUUUCUAUACUUCUGAUAAUGGAAUACCCUUCCCAAGAGGACGUACUAAUUUAUAUGAGUCUGGUUCAAAAGUUCCCCUUCUAGUCAGUUCUCCUAAAUCCACGGAAAGUUGGGGAACUAAAACAAAUGACCUUGUAAGUUUAUUGGACAUUGCACCAACUAUUUACGAAUGGUUUAGAAUUCCAUCUCCUGUCAUUCACAGAAAUCCGCAUAAAAAACUUUCUUUACCAGGACAGUCUAUACUUCCAAUAAUAGAUGACGUAAUCGGACAAACUAGGGACUAUGUCUACUUGAGUCACAAUCUUCACGAAGUAACUAUGAAUUAUCCUAUGAGAGCGAUAAGAAGUAAUCAUUAUAAGCUAAUUCAUAAUUUGGCGUCGAACAGUCCAUUUGGUGUGGAUCAAGAUCUAUACGUUUCUCCAACGUGGAUGGAUAUGAUGAAAAGGAUAAGGAAAAAGGAAAAUUUGAACUGGUUUAUUACGCUUAAGCAAUACUAUUAUAGAAGUGAAUUUGAAUUGUAUGACCUAAUAGUUGAUCCAUUAGAAAAAAACAAUUUAGCAUCCAAACCCGUCUAUGACGAAAUCUUGUACAAUUUAAAAGAGCAACUUCUUAAAUGGCAAAGCAAAACUGAAGAUCCAUGGAUUUGUUCUCCACACGCCGUUCUUGAAGAUAAAGGAUCUUAUAAAUAUUCUCCACAAUGUUUGCCCCUACACGACGAUUUAUAAUUAAACGAACAGACAUAUUUUUCUUACAAAUUACUUAAAGAUUUGUUUAUUCAUUUAAAGCUUUUUACUUAAAUUUCAAAUUAAUAAAAAAUGGUUAAAAAAAAAGUGUUAAUGAUUAACA